GUCUGCGGCGUGUGUGAGUGCCUUGUUCCCGUGUGUUAUGCUUCACUGCUAGACACGUUAACCUUACAUCUGGACGCCUUUCUCACCUGUUCUUUGCACCGAGGACACUGCAAGACACCCCUGCACGUCUCUAGUACCUGACAGUGAAGUGGUGGCGUGGCGAGCAGGGCGGCGGCGGCGGCGCUGACGGAGGAGGAGGCGGCGCUUCUGCCCGUGGAGGAGGUGGAGGCGGCGACGGCGGCGGCGACGGCGGCGGUGACGAAGACGGUGACGAAGGUGGUGACGGAGGCAGUGGAGUGACUAAACUGAGUGACUGAAGUGGUAUCCGAGAGACAAAGUUCUUUCCAGUCCAAGGUGAUCAAGACUCACGCCCACGCCCACAGCACCACAGCCGCCCGUGCACGCCCGCGAUGCAUCCAGGGGCGGCGUGGCUCCCAAGGGCGCGGCUAAGCGUGGGCUGAGCGGCGCAAAGGACGGCAUGUGAGGGGGCGAGGCCAUGAGGUGGAGGGAGGCAGGCUCACUGGGUGUUCCUGGCCACCCGGGACUGGCUUUGUGGGCGCUGCUGCUGCUGCUGCUGCUGCUGCUCCUGCCCGCCCUUACUCCUGCCCACGCCGCCUGGUGGUUCAUGUCACAGCUCAGCGCCUCCUACACAUCUACACGGGUGCACUGCAAGAACAUCCCGGGUCUCGUGCGGCGCCAGCGAGUCCUCUGCAACCGGCACCCUGACGCGAUGAUGGCGGUGACGGAGGGCGCGGUGCAAGGGGUGCGUCACUGCCAGAAACAGUUCCAAGACGCCCGCUGGAACUGCUCCACGAUACCACGCGACGCCUCGGUCUUCGGCAGGCACGUUUUGAAGACAGGCACGCGGGAGUCUGCCUUCGUGUACUCCAUCAAUAGCGCGGGGGUGGUGCACGCCGUGACCCGGGCCUGCAGCCGCGGCGCCAUCACCAACUGCGCCUGUGACCUGACCAAGAAGGGGACCGACAGGGACUGGACGGGGCAGUUUACGUGGGGCGGGUGUUCCGACAACAUCCGCUACGGCACCGCCUUCGCCAGGAAGUUCAUAGACGCGAGGGACCGAGGCCAGAGAGAUUCCCGCGCCCUUAUGAACCUGCACAACAACCGCGCCGGCAGGAAGGGGGUGAGGAAGAAGAUGCGUCUGGAGUGCAAGUGCCACGGGGUGUCUGGCUCCUGCACCGUCAGAACAUGCUGGCAGACACUGGCGCCCUUCGGAGCAACUGCACGGUGGCUCAAAGGGCGAUACGAUGAGGCAACAGAGGUGAGCAUGUUACCGAGCGGCGAAGGGCUUGUGCCUCGCUUUGGGGAGCAUGAGGCCCCUAGAAAGAAGGACCUGGUGUACCUAGAGUCCUCCCCAGACUACUGCCUCGCCGACUCCUCCUACGGCUUCACGGGCACGGGAGGUCGGCAGUGCAACGUAACAUCGCGGGGACCUGAUGGGUGUGACCUGUUGUGCUGUGGGCGGGGUUACGACACCCACCGGCGCCUCAUCACCACGAAAUGCGAGUGUAAAUUUCAGUGGUGUUGCUCCGUGGACUGCAAGACGUGUGAGAGUUGGAGGGAUCUGCACUUCUGUAAACCCUGGGAGGACGCCGCCAAGUCCACGGCCUCCUCUCUCUGACCUGGUGAUGUGGAGGCUGGUACAGUGGGAGUCAGAGGGCGGGUAAUCUGCGUCUCUCGUUGUGUUUCGUGUCUCAGUUUAAAGGGUUUUUUUUUAUUAUUAAAUUAUCGUGAGUUUUCUUGUAAAGUUUGUGACUCUCAUUUUGUUUCAGUUUCGAGUUCUCUAAUUCAUCGUCUGUUUUGUGUUCCAGUUCCAAGUUUUCUAAUUUUUUGUUAGUUUCCUUAUAAAAUGUGUGACAUUCAUUCUUUCGUAUUUUAAUUUCAAGUUUUCUAAUUUAUCGUCAGUGUCCUUAUAAAAACCUGCGACAUUUGUUCUUUCGUGAUUCAGUGUCAAGUGUUUUUAUCCACUAGUUUCCUGAUAAGAUCUGACCAUUAAACAGCAGAUUAGAGAACUCAACAACUCGUGUCAGAAGUCGUGUAACAUUGCGACGCUCCCUCUCAGUGUCUCGGGUUUCAGUUUCAAGUCCUCUAAUCCACUGUCAGUUUCCUUAUAAGGCCCGGCCAUUAAAUAUCACAGCAGAGGACUCAGAAAAAAAAAAGACACAAAAACACAAUGAAAAUAAGCACAGGUUACUCGACUUAUGGCCAAAACUGUACCAGAGACCAGCGUGGGAUUGAAACCAGGUCACAGUGACUCGUAAACGUGACCUGCAGCGUGAGAUGUGACCUAUGUGUGUGUUUACAAGCCGUAUUCGUGACUUGUCUAUACCUGUUUUGUUUACACCUCGUAUCUUCACACCUGUAUAGCCGAUGGUUGUUCUAUACACACCUGUCUAUACGCAUUCAAAUACCUGUGUUCUCUGAUUACCUACACCUGUCUAUACAUAUUUAAAUACCUGUGUUCUGUGAUUUGUAUGAACUCUCUAUAGGUAAACUGAAAAUUGUAUUAUGUUUAACAGCUACAACCUUUACCCACACGUCUAUCCACACCUUGUAUAGUUCACAGGUAAAUACACACUAUAUUUUGCAUCUAUCCACGCACAUACAAACACAUACAUACACACACACACACACACACACACACACACACACACACACACACACUAAUACACCCACAUAUCAUUUCAUACUAUUCCCUGCAUAAUUCAUAAGUACACCUUGUAUUUCACAUCCGCACACACAUCCACACCGAACAGCUUUCAUACACCUAUACACACACACCCACGUAUCCACAUCAUGCCUUCAUCGCGGCCCUAACAAGAACAAGAACAAGAAGAAUAACCAAAAAAAACAAAAGAAAAAAAGAAGAA